UCCACUAGACAUUGGUUCUCAAAACGUGUCCAUCCUUCAGCUUCCAAAUCUCCCAAUGACUUCGGCCGCUCAGUAUCAGCUGAAAAACUCCCGGUGCAUAUCGAAAAUUCAAAGAACUCUGAUAGUUUCAAAUUCAGUCCCUUUGCGUCUGUCAUGGGCAGAAAGUCCAAAAAGUCGCGUCCAACUUUAGCUAUUCCUGAUUCCCCAGUACCACCGCUCGUUUCCGCCUCUGCAGUCCAUCCCUCUCCUCUCCACUAUACUAAUAGACCUCCUGCCAAAUCUAUUUCAUCAACCGUCCGCUCCGGAGACGAUUCCCUUGGUCCUUGGACCCCAUCUGAUGUCUAUAGAGAUCGGGUUUCAUUUCCUCGCUCGGUUUUGACACUGUCGGACCCUGAUCCU